GCCACAAAGUGAAAGUAUGGCGGCGUUCAUUGAAGCUGGACUAAAGUUCGUCGCGGUUGCUCCCUAUUGACGCGCGCGCAGAGAAGCUGGGAACGCGCACAGAAAACGAGUGGUUUGAACCGGUUGAACGUUCUCUCAAUGGCUGCAGAAGGAAAAGCCGACCCUGAGGCCGGUGAUGAGGGUUUGGAGUCAGAGAUUGUGUCUUUACGAACACAAGCAGAAGCGCUGCGAGAGGAGCUGAAGACCUGUAAGGAUGAGCUCCAGAAGUUACAGAAACAACUCAGCCAAAGUGAACGGCUCCAGAAGACCACAGAAAGUUACAAUGAGGACCUCAGACAGCAGGUUGAUAAACUGAGUGCAGAAAUCCAUGAGCGAAAGAAAAGAGACAAGGAGAAAGUGGAUGCUGAGACUCAGACAGAAGAAUAUACAUGGACCGAGACAGAUUAUUAUAAUUAUUACUAUGGCGGAUACUACCAGUCAGAAACAACAACAGCAGAACAGGAGACGGCAGCAGAAACUCAAGAGAAUGUUGUCAAAGAAACUCAAGAGGCUUCUGUAUAUGUUGAGGAGCAGCAUCCCAGAAUAGCUGAGACAGUGGUAGCCAAUCCUGAGCAGCCGAAUGAAACCAGUGAUAUUCCGCAAACUGAGGAGGCCUCAGGAGAGGCUGACUCUAUAGCAGACAUGUUGAGAGCGACCGCAGAGGAAGCCAUGAACCAGACCAACUUUGUGUUUGACGAAAGCUCCGGCAUGUACUACGACCACAGCACUGGAUUUUACUACGACUCCUCCAGUCAGCUGUACUAUGAUGCGAACACAGGCAUGUACUAUUACUACGACCCAGAAAGCGGAAAAUACCAAUUCCACUCUAGGAUAGAGGUGCCUGCAGCCCUACACCCCGAAGUGGAGCAGACGCCACAGAGGAAGACCAAAGAUCGGAAAAACAGGAAGUCGGUGAAGAACACAGAAAGAGCUUCCUGUCCCGACGGAGGGGUUCAGGAUUUGACUUGCUCAUUGGCUCAGUUGAAGAUAGAACAGUUGAGACAUGUUGGAGUCAGAGAAGCCUGGCCGCCGUGUGUUCGAGUAACUGUUGUUCGCUCUCCUGUCCUGCAAACCGGAACGCUCUUCAUCCUAACAGCCGAUACAGUUGCUACUAUCGGCAGAGAGAAAGACAUGAAUCAUGCCAUUAGAAUUCCAGAGAUGGGAGUCAGUAAGUCCCAUGCAGAAGUUUAUUUUGACCAGGAUCAGCAGUGUUAUAUGCUGAUAGACCAGGGCAGUCAGAAUGGGACCGUCCUCAAUGGCAACAGAAUACUACAGCCCAAAGUUCGCUGUGACCCUUGUCCUCUGACCCACGGGGAUGAAGUGAAGAUGGGAGAAACCGUUUUGUCCUUCCACAUCCACGCAGGCACGGCCACAUGUGACGGAUGUGAACCAGGACAGAUCAUAGCACACUUAAACCGCCAUAAGAGAGACGAAUGCUCUGGAACUGUUCUCAGCAAAGAGGACAAGGAGGCUCAGCGGCAGAAAGAACUGAAGAUGAUGAAAGUUAAAUAUGGUCUUAAAAGCAGCGAUUAUGAAGAACAGAAACCUCUGAAGAACAGCAAAUAUAAAGACCGAGCAGAAAACCGCCGUCAGACAGUUGGGAGUGAAGGAAAGUUCCAGAGAGACGAUGCUCCUGCUUCUGUUCACGUUGAAAUCGGAGAUGAAAAUAAGGGCAGACAGAUGCUGGAGAAGAUGGGCUGGAAACGAGGAGAAGGACUCGGCAAGGACGGAGCUGGAAUGAAGGAUCCGAUUCAGCUGCACAUGCGCAAAGCUCAGUCUGGUCUGGGAUCUUCUGGAUCCGCCAUGUCUGUUGAGGAUGCUUCGCUCACCAAAACCAAAACACAGCGAAACUGGGAGCGUGCAAGAGAACGGUUCUCUGAAGCCUGCCACACCGACUCCUCCCAUCCUGAAAACAGCCAAUCACCUAAAGCCUGGGUCAAGAGCCAGGAGACGGAGUGACGCUUCAGAUGGACGUUAUUUACACUGUUUAUCGAAGUCAUUUCAGCAGAAGACAUUAUUUCCAUGAGGUUUGUAAAUAGACGCAAGUUCAUUUUAAUGCUACUCAGAAAGAGUGCUUUCUUUGUUUACAGUGAAAUUCAAAACUGAAAAAAUAACAAAUAAAUAAACAAACAAAAGAUA